UUGCAUCACUCGCCCUCAAACUCAAAGCCGUUAGAUAAUCACAGUCCAAUCCCUCCAAAGACUCCUCCGUACCAAAACCCACUAUUAACCUUCCUCCUCCUUCCAUUCCUUAAAUUUGUUAUCCCUUUCUUUCGUCAACACUCAUUGUCGUUGCCUAGAAAAAGUUUCAAUUUUAGGGUUUUGCGUAUGAUUCUUAUUAGAAACUAGGGAUUUUCCCCGGACGCGAAGAGUGUAGACGGGGGACAGAGUUGGUUUUUUCGUUUCAAUGGAGGCCACGGCCGGUGCUGCUGCUGCUUCCACCGCUCGCGGGGCUUCUCUGCAGAUGCCGGCUUCGUCCCGGAAGGAGUGGCGGGCCACUGGGGACCAUCAUUUAGCGCGGCACCCGGGAGAUGAGGAACUAGCGCAAACAAAGAUUGGGCAAUUAGAUGAGAGAACCAUAUAUGAGGUGCAGCAAGGGAGAGAGCCUGUUGAUGUUGAUUUUUGUUCAAUAACAGUGGAUGGAGCACUAGACAGUGAUAUCAUGCAGCAACGGAUUCACAAUGUUGCUAGGCAAAGAGAGGAGCUAGGGCGUGUGGAGAUUGAGUUACGAGCUCAAACAAUUGCAAAAUCUGGGAUAAUGGAAAUGCAAAACAGCUUUGAUGCUCAACUCAAGGAGCAUGCUAACACUACCAGCAAGCUUCAGGAGCAACUCCUUGAUAGAGAGCACAGGAUACAUGAGCUGGAAGGGAAAAUGGAAGUGAAAGACAGAGAGCUUCACGCCAUUAAAUUAGAAAAUGAAGCGGCUUGGGCUAAACAAGAUCUCCUUCGUGAACAAAACAAAGAGCUUGCAACUUUCAGAAGGGAGCACGAUCAUACUGAAGCUGAAAGAGCUCAGCAUGUUAAACAAAUACAUGAUCUUCAAGAACAUAUUCAAGAAAAAGAGAGGCAGCUUAUUGAGUUGCAGGAACAACAUAGGGUUGCUCAGGAGACCAUUAUGUAUAAAGAUGAACAGUUGAGAGAGGCCCAGGCUUGGAUUGCAAGCGUUCGUGAGGUGGAUGUUUUCCAGUCAACUACAAACCAGACAUUACAAGCAGAACUGCGAGAACGUACGGAGCAAUAUAACCAACUCUGGAUGGCUUUCCAAAGACAGUUUGCAGAAAUGGAGAGAGUUCAUUUGCAUGCUAUACAUCAGCUUCAGCUUGAGCUGGCUGAUGCAAGAGAGAGGAGUGGAGCUUACAAUGAUGACUCAAGAAUGUCCCAGACGAGUUCGAAACAGAGUGCAUCUCAGUUUGUGCAGGAUAACGGGAACCAAUUUGAUGUAAAUGGAAGCAGCAGUUCAGGGGGAAAUAACGGUCUCCUUCCAACCGAGAAUUCAGAAAAUGGUCUACCUUUAGCAUCUACUGGAAAUGCACCAGUCCAGACCGAACGUGUUCCUGGUGUUCAUAUUGCUCCAUCAUCUAUGCUGGGGAUGCCUCCAUACAUCCCACCUGGUCAAGUCACUGCAAUGCAUCCAGUUUUUAUGCAUCAACAAGCUGUCCCCCAUUCAGUUGCAUCACAUGUACCUCAAUCACAGGUUGGGCAUUUUCACUCAGUACCUGCAAUGUUACCUCUGCAACAGUGGCAGAACCAACAGGCCAUCUCAGAGAGUUCACAGUUGUCCGAGAAAGAUGAUCAUUCGUCAUCCCACGAUGAUCAGAAUUUAAUGAGAUCAGAUGCUAAGUUUAAUUAUGAAAUGUCUGUUAAUGGACAAGCUCUUAAUAGGGACUACUUGGAUGUUCAUAUCCGUCAAGGGGAGGAGUCUCAAAAUCUUAUUUCAUCAUCUAAUGUGCAAACACAGUCUGUUGAUGAACGACACCCAGAAGCUUCCCGACCAGAUCAAAGCCUACAACAAGUUUCAUCCCAGUUUCAUGAUGUCUUAAGAUUGAAUUCUUUUGAUCUGAAUAGUGAAACGAAGGAUGAGAAUGUCACAGCUUCGGCAAAUCAUGGGGGAGGGGACCAAGUUUUGGUCCCAGAACAAUCAAGCUCUGCUGCAAAUGGAUCAUCUUACCGAUUCCAUUCAGUUAACCAUAGUGAGAUGACAAGAAGUUCUACUGCUACCAUCUUGUCUGAAGCGUAUGCCUCCACUAGGCAUAUGAAUUCAACGAUUGCUAGUUCUUUAGAGGCUGCUCCUCUUGACGAAAGGGGAUUAUUAGCGUGCAUUGUUCGGACUAUUCCGGCUGGUGGCAGAAUUCGAAUUAGUUCAACGCUUCCCAAUAGACUUGGCAAGAUGCUCGCGCCUUUACACUGGCAUGAUUAUGAGAAAAAGUAUGGAAGACUUGAUGAUUUUGUGGCCAACCAUCCUCAAUUGUUUAUGAUUGAGGGUGAUUACAUUCAACUUCGUGAAGGAGCACAAAAAAAGGUAGCAGCCACUGCAGCUGUUGCCAAAGUUGCUGCAGCAGCUGCGGCUUCACCUCCUCAUUCUUCGUAUUUGCCUACUGUGGCUGUUACACCAAUGGCUCAAUCUCAUCGCCUAAAGAAGGUCCCUUCAACUGAUUCCAAAAAUGUUAAAACUGACAGUACAGUUAAGGAAUAUGUAGUCAUCUCUCAAACUACAACUGAUGAUUCCCUGAAGAUUCCUGUAGUGCAGCAUCAGCAGUCUAGUGGCAUGAGCUUUAGUGUUGCUGGGGGCCUCUCAAAUGUCAAAAUUUUGAGUAAAUCUAAGGAUUCCCACAAAAUGGAUGGCUGUGAAAAUAGGCCUUUGCAGUCGUCUGUACAUUUAACUGUUGGCAAUGGGGUUAGCCCAGACAGAUCAAGUAUGGGUAGUACCCAAAAUACAGGAUCAGCUAAUGGAAGGCUAGCUUCAAGCUUUUCUGGGAAACAACAAACCAGGGCAACUGCGGCUGCAUUCCCUUCUCGAAGAUAGUGAUUCUUCUAUUUCGAUCUUUUGAAACAUCUGGUUUGUUUUUUUUUCCUUGUUGGAUCUUUUCAAACAUGGUUUGUUUUUUAUGAUAUCAUGACUAAGCCCCUCUUUUAAGCGCAUCAAGAAAACAUUUGUCAGUGAUUAUUUCUAGAACAUGUGGUGCUUGUGAGCAGUGUCUUGUAAAUCCCGCACUCGCAAUUAUAUCAGAUUAUUAAUUUUGAUAUAUCGACAGUUUGCAUGCA